AUGCCAACAUCUUCUGCAAAAUCAAGCUCAAAUGUGAAUUCACGAAUCAAGAAGAAGAUCAAAGUGAAGUGUUGGUGUGAAGAUUUAUGCCCUAUGUUUUUUUCAGGCACACCAGAAAAUCCAGGCAAGAAAUUUUGGGGGUGCCCUAACUAUAAGGGAGAAGGAGGUUGUGGGUUUUUCAGAUGGAUUGACAAUGAAGAAGUUCAAAAACAAGAUAUGAUGCCAGAGUCAAAUCGAAUUACAGAGCAACAACAAAUGAUGGCAUUAAUGCAGAUGGUUGUUGUUUUGUUAGGGGGUACAUUGUUAAUGCUUGUUCUAGUUGUAUACAAGAUUUAA